AUGAACGUCUCCUACAACUCGUCGCUUCGGCAGAGCAAGGCGCUCCGUGCCGACAUCGACCGCUUGUCAACAGCAACCCAGGACCGAGUGCUUACACCAGCCGAAAUUGGCAGCCUCUCUGCCUCGCUUUCAUCCUUCUCCAAGACGGUCGAUGAAUACAAUGGUCUGGCGCGGCAGGAGCUUGUGCCAAAGAAACAAGAGGAGGCACUGGAGCGAGUCAAGCGGUUCAAGGGAGAUCUGACAGACUUUCGAUCGCGCAUCGACACCCUGAAGAGACAACGCGAAGAUGCUGCCCACCAAAAUAAUCGAGCCGAGCUCCUUGGUCGGCGGCCGUACUCUGACGCCACGCCAGAGAACCCUUACGCCAACAACAGCGCCGCAAACACAUCCUCAUCCUUGCACGCGAGGGGUGCUUCGGUCGGCGGUGCGGAGAGGGGCGCAGGCGGAGGGGGCUACGGCAUGGGCAGCGGCGAGCCGUCCAGGGAGCAGCACGCCUUCCGGGAGCAAACUUUCUUCGCCAACACGAACAACGCACUCGAUGAGUACAUUGCCCGCGGCCGGGCUGUGCUGGGAGAUCUCGGGGCUCAGAGGGACAUGCUCAAGAACACGCAAAAGAAGCUCUACUCGGUGGGCAACACGCUGGGCAUAUCCGGCGACACAAUCCGCAUGAUCGAGCGCCGGGCGCGGGAAGACAAGUGGAUAUUCUGGGCGGGCGUCAUAAUCUUCUUCGCCUUUUGUUGGCUCUGCCUGCAUUUCCUUAGGUAA